CAGUCCUCGCGCACACCUCGUAGUGGAAGGUCGCGCGUCGCGUCCUGUCAUUGUCGGCGAACUUCGAUGCGUUCGGGAAAAAGAUUUUCGCAACCGGUGAUUUCUCGCGAGCUUUCUGAUCGCUAUUGCGACUUUAAACGAUGCUCUAAAAUGUCGCGUGAGUGCGUGGAUUUAUUUUCGGUACACAAUAGUAACGAAAACCGAGCAGUUUGAGAACGGACGAGGAGAGGGAGAGAGUGAGAGGAGGACAAACGGUUGUGCGGCCCAUGAUCGAUCCUACAGUGUGUCUCGUUAAGGUGUUUUGCGCGAUUUCUCGUCGCUGAUCUUUAUUAUGUCAAUGAUCGCGUGUGUCGAUAAAUGGCUUUGACUCGUGGUGUGCUCGCAAACGACAGAACGCCUACAACGAUGCUGCCGCAGACACCUGAUAUCAUCCCGACUACGCUGAACCAACAAAAAUGCGUGAAAGCGCGAGCACUGUACGACAAUAUCGCCGAGGCGCCCGACGAGUUGGCUUUUCGAAAAGGGGAUGUUCUUACUGUACUGGAACAAAAUACCGCUGGUCUUGAGGGAUGGUGGUUGUGCGCUCUACGAGGUAGACAGGGCAUCUGUCCAGGAAAUCGAUUGAGACUUCUGGUUGGCCAAUACGAUACGGGGGGUUGUUUGGUCGGCAGCAGAGCCGACCUAACCAUUUCCGAGGAUGGCAUACAAAGACAUGGGAAAAGGCGUAGCUGGCACGUGCAACCCAAUAGGGUUGUUACGCCGCAGAAGUGCGGGGACGUCUACCUAUACGACCUUCCAGCCAGUCGGGGAAGUCCUGCGCCGCCCUCCAGACACGACUCACCCCUCAACUCGACGAACAAUGAGCAUUCGCACAAUACAGGACGAUACACCGGCAACAGCAACAGCGCACGGAAUUCCGUCGACAACGGAGGUAGCGGCGAUACGAACGAGUGUUACGACGUACCGCCACGCGCGAUCCCGGUGAUACCGUCGCCGGCGAGCAGCCCGAGCCCGGCCCCGUCGUGCUAUGACAUCCCGAGGCCGCCGACAUCCUGCACGCCUAACUCAAAUUGCUCCGGCAUCACGCCGCUGGAUUGCUACGACGUGCCGCGGCCCCUGCAACCCCUCACGCCCAGCAGCUCGGCCUCCAGCCUCACCAACGACGGAUCCCUCAGUGGCUCGAACAGAUCGAGUUUGGCCGCUCCGGAUUAUGAUGUACCUCGACCACGUCUUCCAGUAUCCUCGUUGCCGUCUCGACACAACACUCCCGUACCGAAUACCCCGACGCCACCGCCACCCUCGCAACAAAUUUACGACGUACCAGUCAGCAAGGAGCUUCCGUUGGAAAUAGAUUCUGCCCUGGAAGGUUUGCAGAGAUUGCAGAACGAGGCGUCCGCCGCGAUAGCGAGGUUACUGGGUUUCGUCAGUCCCGGCUGGAGAACGCCGCAGCGACUGGACGCCACCCUUAUGGACUUGAGGCUGGCUGCUCUCAGACUCCGAACAUCUCUGCACGAUCUAGCUGAAUUCGCAGAAGGCACACUAGGCAAUGCAGGCAAAGCACCGGACAAAGGUCUGGCAACGAAAUUACGACCACUAGUAAAAGCGCUUCGUGAUUCUGACAAGCUCGUGCAGGAAGCCGCUACCGAAUUGGACACGAUGGAAUGGGAUGCGAGCAAGCUCUGCCGUGGCGGUGGCGAUACACCAACACCUACUAACGGACCUCCGCCUUCGCUGCUACCGUCUGUACAGCCGGAUCCCCUCGAUCAGCUGAUCGCGUGCGCCCGAGCGCUCACGGAAGACGUCCGUCAGGUUGCUAGUUUCAUUCAGGGAAAUUCUACGUUGCUUUUCAAACGAGCGUCGAUCAUUUCCACGGGUAGCAGCAACAAUAGCGGUGCCGGGGAGGAUUACGACUACGUGAAUCUCGAUUCGCGAGAGGUCGUGGCGAAACAGCGGGAGGAACUACGAGCCUUGCUGCCGCAGGAGCUGCGCAGCAAUUACGAUCUGCUGGUAUCCGAGGCGGACAAUGCGGCGAUUCAGAUGCCACCCACGACACCGACGCCCAUGGACCCCAACGACAAGCAAUUGUUGGCCUUCUACGCCGCACAGGUGAUCACGCACGGCGCGCACCUGACUCACGCCAUCGACGCUUUCCUGCAGACGGUCGAGCACAAUCAACCACCCAAGGUUUUUCUGGCUCAUGGUAAGUUCGUCGUGCUGAGUGCACACCGGCUAGUGCACAUCGGUGACACGGUGCACCGAAACGUAACGCGCAACGACGUGCGUACACGCGUUUUGCAAUGCGCGAACGCUUUGAACGAGGCUCUCGCGCAAACUGUGCAAAAGACGAAGCAGGCCGCCCAGUUCUUCCCGAGCGUUACCGCGGUCCAGGAAAUGGUCGACAGCGUCGUCGAUGUCUCACAUCUGGCUAAGGAUCUCAAAGUCGCCAUGAUACAAUCCGCUCAACAGCCUUGAAGAUUUUUGUCACAACGCAGUCGCGUAACUACAAGUUCCUUGAAUUGAAAUGCAAUCUUUACGAUUGGUAAUUUUUUUUUUGUUAAACUCUGAGAUUGCGGAAGAUUGAAACACGAUGCACCUUAGGAUUUACACCUUGCGAUCGGAUUUGAUAUCGCGAUCGUGUUGAUAAUUCGAAGACAACGCUCGAAGAAUCAUAUCGAAUCUGUUGUCCACGUUUUUUUUGUCAAGAUUUUGAGCGAAUCUCGCUGAUAAUUUGCAGCGCGUUCAUAGAAUGAAUAUUUUUUCUUGUAUAAAAAUGGAUCAAAAGUAUCUCAGGAAAUUUUCAGUGGAUGGUCCUUCAAGCGUUAUCUACGAGAUGUGAAUCGUUGAUGGUUGCUGUUAUCUCGAGAUUCAGCCAUCAUCAAAGAAUACCACGAAAAAUACAUGUGGUAUUGAAGGCAUCUGAUAUUUUUACCGAAAGAGAACGAGCAUUAGAGCAAAAGAAGUUUGCUUGGGAUCCUGACGACAGUAUUUUUAACUCUAAACGGCGAGAUAAUCAAACGAGAUGAUCAGUAUAUAUGCUUCACAAAGCAAAAACCAAAUCCCCGGAUACUCACACACUUCGUGUGUAUAGUACAGAGCUAAUUAUCCCUUUGCAUUAUAAAAAAAAUUUGUGGCCUAAAAUAGAAACCUGCUACUGCCAAAGCUCCGGUAUUUAGAUCAUAAGAAGCGAAGGAAACCUUGGAACGAGUGUCUUUGUAAUGUACUCGAGAAUAUUAACACAUUGUAAUCUUUCAUAGAAAAUAUGUAGCCGUAUCGUUCAUCUAGACAUUUCAGGUAGACGUGUGGAGUAUAACGAAGAGUUAUAACAAUAGCUUUCCGGCACGUGCGAAGCAUUCCCGAAAUGGGCUUCCACGAAUUCGCGACUUGAUAGGCACCGAGGUUAUCCACUCGUUUCGGAAUGGAGCUCAUUUCGGAUACACGCCAACAACGUACGCAGCUAAACGUGUUAGUGGUCUCAUAGAUGUACGUAUACAAUAUACAGUAGAACAUACAUAUACGACAACGCGUAUUCAUAUCUCUCUUUUAGAGCUGAAUUCAUGGAUGUCGGUUAAUUAUAAUUUUAGUUUCGCUGAUCCUCUAGGACUAGAUUUAAAAAAAAAAAAAUAAAUAAAAGAAUAAAUCAAGCUACAAUUAACUGAUAUUGCUAUUAAAGAUAACGCGAAAGAUCGAUAUGAAUACUAAUGUCGAAUUGAGGAACAACCGCGUUUCUGUUUUUCUAGUUCGAACGUAUGUUGGAAAAUUGACACCAAGAGAGAGAAAAUUCAAUGCAGGGAACACACUUUGUGGAAUAUCCUGCACACAGAGGCGAACUUAUAUUACUUGUUACAAACGAUUCUUUUGGAGGACAACUUUAAACGAAAAUUUUAUACGAAGCUUUUACUACUGGGUUACGAAUUUUUCGAGCGCCCAGGCCUUUUUACCAGGCUCUUCCAUAACAGCGAAAAUUAGUCACGAGCGCACACCGUGAACCGCAAUCAGCGGCGGAUCGAAUAAAGUAUUAUUAUAAGAAUUUUAACGGCAACUCUACGCGUAUUCGCAAAUUUCUUUUCUCUAACGAAAUCUUUUUUAUAAAGUGAAUUUUUAUAAAACGAAUGUUUUUAUUAAUUUAACGCACAUUCGAGUUCUCUAUAAAUAGAGACUGACGCAAACAACGCAAAUAUCUAGAGAAUAUCGUAAAGAUUGUGUUAUCAUUUUUUCUACACGUUUUGCAUUUCUAUAUUAUUAUAUAUAGAUAAAUCGGUCAUGGAAUUGCAUUUUUGUAAUUAUCUAGCCAUCAAAACAGUCUUUCUUAUAUUUUAACAUACAAUUAUAAUUAAUCUUUUUUUCAUAUUAAAGUAUCACCAAAAGACCAUAAUUUAUUUUUAAAUAAUUAUCGAAGUUAGGAAUACGUAUACGAUCCAACCGCUAAUUUGCGACGCAAGUUGUUUCGUUGGCAUCCACAUGCGAAAGUGUACUUAAAAAUAACUUGCGACUAGUAGGAUCCACUCAAUACAAUUCGCGAAACUAUCCAACUUAUUUAUUGGAGUUCUACUGCGCCUCGAUUAAACAAUGGAGAUAUAAUUGUGUGACUGUGACGCGGUUAUAUGUAUAUUUCUAGCGUAUAUUAAAAUAUAAUCGGCUGUUUUGUUGCAGCUUUAACGAUAACGAGCAUUUAAUAGAUUUUUUUUACUCCAUGUGAGGAUUUUUAUCUUUCGACAUUCUUCUUUCUCAAUUAAGAGAUUGAUUGUUGUAAUUACUAUUGUGACAUAGAUGAAGCGAUUCUUUUUGAAGGCGCGACUUAUGACAUUGAGAUAUAUUCUACAGUUUAUUUUUUAAAAAUUAUAUAUCCAAGCAUAUCGCAUAUAGAAAAACGUUUAUACAUGAACCUCGAGACCUGUAUUAUAAUUUAUUAGCGAAGCGUUUUUUGUAAUAUAAUACACAUGGCAGUUAUGUAGAAUCUAGAAUUGUAUAUUUCGAAGUUUAUAUGAUAGUCGAUAGGUGCUUAUCAUUCACGUUCAACUAUCGUAUAUUCAGGUAUAUCAUGUCAUUAAGUAUUAAUAGUUUCUCCUUUUUUUAAUGCAAGCUGACGAAUGUUGUUUUAUUUUCGCCAAUGAAAACACAAUUCGUCAUUUCCCUCUAAUUUCCCUUUUGUACAUUGUACCUGGAUAAUCCUUUCGUAGUAAUUGUAUACUAUUCUUGCGAUCAUACAUUCGUUAAACAUAUAUAUACACACAACGGUAUUUCAUGUUAUUAUAAACAUAAGAAAUACUUACUAUACUACAAGCUACAUAUCGAGAGCGAUUAUUCUAAGAUUGAGAUGAAAAAAUUGGAAAAAAAGAAAGAAACUCUCGAUAUAGCGUACGUGAUAUCGUUUUAGAGGAAUUUACUACACAUCGAAAACUCGGUUUAUCAUAAUGAAUCAUGCUUUCGGUAGUAUAAUAUAGUACGCGCGAGGACGAUUCCUGCGUUUUAUCAUUGAAGAUUUCUUCGUGCCGUUCAAUGCAAAGCCGAGAUGCGUUAUGAACUAAAUAAUUGAUUAUGUUACGUUAAGAACACCUUAUUUGUAUAUAUACAUAGAUAUAUAUUUAUACAUAUUAUAUAUUAUAUAUAUACAUAACUAUUCCUAUUACAAAAACGGAGUAUGUAUACACACACACACGUGCGCAAUAGUAUGUCCGAGAUGCAAUAGUGGAAUAAACAUGUUUGAAUAUC